AUCUAUAUGUAUACCAAUGCAUACGCUGUAGGUAAACAUGACAGAGGAACUAUCGGGUGUAACGAUAGUGAUAUUUAUUGCAGCUGGAGUAUUAACAAUAUUAUUAUUGUUCAUUUUUGCAAAACGACAAAUUAUGAGAUUUGCAUUGCGAUCACGUCGCGGUCCUCAUAUUCCGAUCGGACACGAUGCGCGUAAGUCCCUCAAGAAGGAAAUCGAAAGAAGAAUAGAAGUAAUCCCAAGAAUUCAGUACGAUCCGCCACUUAUCAGCGAUCCUCGAUUUAUCGUAACUCCCCGAGGGCAAGUUCCACCCCAUUACUAUAGAUUGAAAGCUGUAGAUGAUGUUAAAAUUUUAGAAGCUGAAAUUACUAAAUAUGAUAGUUGUUUAAAAAGACAUCCAUCUGAAAAUCUGAGAGCAUAUUUACUUGCUACAUUAGCCACUCCACUGAAUGGAACUGGACAACGAUUGAUCCAUCAGUUCUGUGAUUUGUAUGAACAUGCACGUCAUGAUCCAACAGAAUUUGGAGAUGAAGAGUACCAAGUAUAUACACGUUUGUUUCUCAAGUUAAUGGACGCAGCUCGUUUAUUAAAAUCCUAUCCAAGUAGUAGGAAAUCUAGUCCGAGUCGUACGCCUAUAAAAAAGAACGUUGAAACGAAACGGAACGUGUUGGAACCGAGAAUGAAAUUACCGGAGGAUCAAAUAUUAACUGGCUCGCGACCAAACACAUUAACGGUCAUGGCUCUAGAUAAUAGCGAAACAUCUGUUUAGCAUUAUGAAAAUCGUCACAUACAUCACAUGUGACGAAAUGUUCAUUCAUUAUUGCUAAACGUCGGGUUACGUGAAACUGCAAUUAUUACGAGCAGACAAUUUAUUAUAAAAAUUGUUUGCUUCUAAAAUGUACAACUUACAAUCAGACGUUGAUGUCAGUCUUAAUAGAUAAAUAUUUAGUCCAUACCUCUUUAUAAUACGCGUUGUGUUUUAAACAUAUUAACGAUCGAUGAAACGUGAACUUACAUGUACUAGAAAUAGGGCUAGUUCUCAUAUGAUUCAACCAUUCCAUAAUCUAAGAGGCACGAUAAAAAAAUUUGUUAACUGUUGUAUGAUUCUUUUUGAACAAAAGGUCGUUCAACUAAUUACAGUAUUUUAUUAAUAAAAGUAAGCGUAAAUACCUGUGGAAUUGCAUGCCUCCAAUCCUGUCUGUUUAAAAGAACCAUCAGAGCUUCAGGAAAUAAUUGUACUCGAUCAUCUCGCGAUGAAAUCAAUAAAUCUUGUUUCAUUAACAUAUCAUUUAUACCGGACAAGCUAACGAUGGAAACAAAUAAAACAUCGCAAUAAAAUUGUACUUUAUCACAAUGAUUUUGAGACUCCAUCAAAAGUCCUUGCAUCUGAGUUGUGAAGUCUAUCACCCAGUUUAUACUGGACUUAUCAAAUCGCAUUUGAGCCUGCACUUUUUGCAUAAUCUCGAGAAAAUAAGUUUGUACGCUUUAAUAAAAGAUG